GUUAUUCCUCUUUGUAUUGGAACUCUCCUGUAUAAUAUGGUAACUAGCCGAAAAUGAUGCAACCACAGAUUAUCUUGCUGAAGGAAGGGACUGAUUCCUCCCAGGGAAUCCCCCAGAUUGUUAGCAAUAUCAAUGCAUGUCAGUCUAUAGCUGAUGCUGUCAGAACUACACUGGGUCCAAGGGGCAUGGACAAGCUUAUCAUAAGUGAACAAGGAAAGUCUAUUAUAUCGAAUGAUGGAGCCACAAUUUUGAAGAAUUUGGACAUAGUGCACCCUGCAGCUAAAACAUUAGUUGAUAUAGCUAGAUCUCAAGAUGCGGAGGUGGGUGAUGGCACAACAUCAGUAGUUUUACUAGCUGGUGAAUUUUUGAAACAAGCCAAGCCUUUUGUUGAAGAAAAUGUACACCCACAAGUCAUCAUUAGGGCAUUCAGAAAAGCUACAAACCUAAGUGUUCAAAAAAUCAGGGAAAUUUCUGUAAAAGUAAAGAAGGAUGACAAAAAGGAGCACAGGCAAUUGCUGGAGAAGUGUGCAGCCACAACGCUGAGUUCAAAACUUGUGGCUCAUCAGAAAGACUUUUUUGCUAAAAUGGUGGUAGAUGCUGUCAUGCUACUAGAUGAAUUACUUCCACUGAACAUGAUUGGUGUAAAGAAAGUCACAGGUGGAGCCCUAGAGGACUCCAGGUUGGUGGCGGGUGUUGCAUUUAAGAAAACAUUUAGUUAUGCUGGCUUUGAAAUGCAACCUAAGAAAUAUGAGAAACCAAAGAUUGCACUACUUAAUGUUGAACUGGAACUUAAAGCUGAGAAAGAGAAUGCUGAAGUACGAGUAGAUAAUGUCCAGGAGUAUCAGUCCAUUGUUGAUGCAGAAUGGAAAAUCCUGUACGAAAAAUUAGACUGGAUUCACAGGAGUGGAGCCAAGGUUGUGUUGUCAAAACUCCCCAUUGGAGAUGUUGCCACUCAGUAUUUUGCAGAUAGGGACAUGUUCUGUGCAGGCCGAGUCCCUGAGGAGGAUCUGAAGAGAACAAUGAAGGCAUGCGGGGGAUCUAUACAGACCACAUGUCAGAACCUACAGGGCAGUGUUCUUGGAUCCUGUGAGAAAUUCGAGGAAAUUCAGAUAGGGGGAGAAAGGUACAAUCUAUUUACUGGAUGUCCAGAGGCAAAAACAUGCACACUUGUAUUACGAGGAGGAGCAGAGCAGUUCAUUGAGGAAACGGAGAGGUCUCUUCAUGAUGCCAUUAUGAUCGUCAGGAGAGCCAUGAAGAAUGAUGCUGUUGUAGCAGGUGGAGGAGCCAUUGAAAUGGAAUUGAGUAAAUACCUGAGAGAUUACUCCAGGUCAAUAGCAGGAAAGGAACAACUUAUGAUCAGUGCAAUGGCAAAAGCUCUAGAAGUCAUUCCAAGACAACUGUGUGAUAAUGCAGGGUUUGAUGCUACGAAUAUUCUCAACAAACUCCGACAGAGCCAUGCAGAAGGAGGUUUAUGGUAUGGUGUUAAUAUAAUGAAGGAGGAUAUUUCUGAUAAUUUUGAGAACUGUGUUUGGGAGCCUGCUAUUGUCAAAAUUAAUGCCAUCACUGCUGCAUCUGAAGCCACUUGUCUGAUCCUCUCUGUCGACGAAACAAUAAAAAAUCCUAAAUCAGGAGGAGAUGCCCCUGGGGGUGGCCCCCCUGGCAUGGGGCGUGGUCGAGGAAGACCCAUGUGAAGUGUAUCACCAGAAAUAGGAACAAAUUAUGAACAAAUGGAUCUAAGUCUUGUCACCUGAAAAAGUUCAACAGAUCUGGAAAUAUGGCAAUCUGAAUCAGAGGUGCCCUUUCAAAAUCUUCAAACAUUCAGCAGCAGAUAACAAGUCAAGUGUUCAUCUAUAGACUACAGCUUCUGUGGCUAUUAUACUUAACCUAGUGUGAAAUCCCUUAUACAUUGUGAGAGACUGACCAUUUUGCUAAGAGCUGUGAUGAUGUACAUUGUAUUAUAAAAUGUAUGAUUUUUAGACUGUGCUUUGAUUGUAUAUUUAUUUCAUAUGAAUAAAUAAGUCUCUAAA